UUAUUUGUACAAUGAUGGCUUUGGUAACUGUUUUGUUGAAAUAUGGCCGACAAUGACAGGUGCCCGUUUCAGAUGUAGAUAAGGACAAGGAAUAAACAUAUUUCGGACAAAAGUUAUCUUUAACCAUUACUAAAAGGAUACCAAUAUGGGUGAACUUGGUGUCACUGAAAAGCGCCAUGUUCUUGAGCAUGUGUUCAACCAGUAUGACACAUUAAGGACAGGGGAGCUAACUCCUGUACAGCUUCAAAUUCUGCAUGGAGAUCUUCGAAUUGGUGGGAUCAGCAUGCCACAGGUGCAGGCUUCAUUGGCAUACACCUGUGCAACAGACAUGUGCAGUGAGACUGAACUGUAUGAUGCUCUGCAGGAGAUGGAUCGUCGUUAUUUCCUAAUCCAAGACUUGCGCUGGGAGUUUUCCAUGUUAGACCGAACACAGACUGACCUCAUCACGGAGGAACAAGCAAGGUGGCUGGUCCAGACAGUUCAUGGACGCUACUUCUCCAAGAGAACAUGGGAGGAGUUCCUGUUGAGGCGAGCCGUGCCUGGUAGUGGAGUGUCAUUCGCUGAGAUUGAGGUUCUUCUGUGUGAUAUUCCUAGUCGGCUCAAACUUGAGAAGGAAAAUAAAGAUGAUGACAGAGAAAAGGAAGAGAGGCUUCGUCGGCAGCGAGAGUUGGAGGAGGAAGCAGAGAAAAAGAGACAACGUCUGAAGAAGGAGAAAGAAGAACAAAGAAGGAAGAAAGAGGAGAACAAGAAGAAGGAUGAUGAUGAAAGAAGAAAGCGGGAGCUAGAAGAUGAUGGUAAGCUAGAAGAAAGGGAAGAAGAAGAAAGGAGAAAGAGAGAAGAAGAGGAGGAGGCCAAGAGCCUUAAGGAGUUGGAGGAAGAGGAGGAAAGGCGCCGCAAGGAGGAAGAGGAGAAGUACAAGGAUGUGGAGAAAGUCAAAGAGGAUCAUGUGGAGGAGGAAGAACGCAAGGAAAAGGAGACUGAGGAUGAACUAAAUCGUCUGAAGAAGAGAAGAGAGCAGGAGAACGAUGAGAAGAGGAGGAAGCAGUUGGAGGAAGAAGAGGCCAAGAUGUCCAAACUUUACAUAGAGCACAGGAACAAGAGGGUUCGGUACCAGCUGAAGGUGGCCAUCAAGUCACGGGACAAGUUCAAGUUGGAGUACUCAGUGACAGAAUUCAAGAAGUACAACUUAGAGGACACAGACAUGGAUCUCCAGAAGGCCCAGAGACUGAUCAAGGAAUUUACUGCUAAAGAAAACUUGAAGCGAGCAAUGACAAAACGUGAAAUUGAGGAGCUAGAGCAGGCCAUGUCCUUCGUCAAGAAGAACGGGUUUGAGGCUCAGCUGGCGGGUGAGAUGCAGGAGGCCAACCAGCUGCUGAGUCGACUCAAACGCCUGGAGCGAAUCCGGCAUGAGAUUCUGGAGCUGAAGCAAUCAACUGUGGCCGAGAUCCGUAGCUACUCCAAACCGCCUCUGGUCGUCCACACAGUCAUGACUGUCACACUGCUCAUCCUUGGACAUAAAGAGAAGGAUACAAAGGACUGGAAGGCAGUCCAGGCUCUGGUGGGGAAGACAGGCAAGGAGAGUCUGAAGCGACAGUGCGUGCAGACUGAGGCUGCAAAGAUCCCGCUAGCCACAGCCAAGAGAGCCAAGACACUCCUGGAUAAGUUUGAACUGGAUGAGGUCCGAGAUGUGUCAGCUGGGGCAGCUACCUUCUAUGUCUGGGCCAUCACAAUGAUAGAAGAAGCUCUGGAUGUCCAGAAAUAAGGACAAGAGACAGCAUUGUUAACUGGACGUCCUUGUAACCAAGACAUUUUUUCAGCAGAAAGAAAUGUUGCAUUAUAAAACAGUAUAAUUCAAACUUUGGGUAUGCGGUAUUUUACAGGUUGACAAUACAUGAAUAGUGUUGCAGGGUUUACCAUUUCUUUAGUGAGUUGAUCUAUAAAUCAAGGAUGAAUAUGUGGCCUUAUAACUAAAAACAAUAUUAAGCUUCUGUUUCAACUCCAAGCUCAUUAUUCCUAUAAGUAUAACGCUUAUACCACUCAGUGUACCAGUGUGCAAUGGAUUUGUCAUUCUCAGCUUCCUAGGGAAUAUACAACCCAAGUUGCCUGUGAGGCACUACAUGGUUAACAAAUUUACAUCUCAUACUACCAGGUACCCAUUAACAGAUAUUCCCCGAGGAGGUAAUACUUGUACUAUGUGUGCUGUCUGGUCCAAUAAGGUCACCCAUCUCUGACCAAAAUUGCUUAACUGCCCCUGAUUGGGACCUGUAUGCCAGUAACCGAACCAUAUGCGUAGGGGUGAAACGGUGCGCUCUUACCACGUUACAGUACGUAUUGCAGUACACGCUCUUUGGUUCGGUUUGGUUCGGUAUAUGAGAUUGAUCAUCAUGCAGAAAAUUUAAGUGCAACUC